AUGAAAUCGUUAGAAGAAAGUACUUAUACACCAUCUGUUCUUUCACCACGUGCUCAAGAUCGAAAAUCAUUGACAUCAACUACUAGUUUUCAUUCUGAAAAAGUUAGUCUCAAACCAUCUUACCAAAUGUGGAUGCAACUUGUACAAAGAUUACAUGAUCGAACAUCAUCAUUAAAACUCGUCACAGAUGGAGAUAGUCAUUCUAUGUCAGAAAAACGAUUACGACGAGAAAAAUCAUGGGCUGGUCAUGAUACAAUGUCACCAUGGCAUAAUGAUAAACUUAAUUCAAAUAAACAAGUUCGAACGUUAAUUAAUCAUUAUUCAAAAAUGUUAACAACUGAUAAUAAUGAACGAUUAAUAUCAAGUUUUAAUGAUAGACCAAAGAGUAUUUUACGUCCAAAAGGAACCACAAAUCAAUAUCGAUUUACUAAAGAAGUUACCUUUGCUACUGAUUAA